AUGAGCGGUUCCUCAAAAAUGGCAUUCUCUUUGUUUUUCUUCCUGUCUGUAACAAUCUUUUCAGAGAUUGGAUCCGGCCAAGAUGAGUGCAUGGCAUCAAGGUGCAGUGACCAGGGUCCAACCAUACGGUUCCCUUUCCGGCUAACAGACCAGCCAGACCACUGUGGAUAUCCAGGGUUUGAGUUAUAUUGCUCAGAGAAGAAACAGACCAUGCUGGAGCUGCCAUAUUCAGUGAACCUCUUGGUGACGAAUAUCAGUUAUGACUCCCACGAAAUUAUGGUCCAAUAUCCGUAUAAUUGCUUUGUAGGACAGCUUCAGAACCUCAGUUUAGCGGCUUCCCCUUUCCAGUUCAAACUAGAAAAUGCCUGGGAAGUCCUAGAUGACUUCACCUUCUUCAAUUGUUCAUCAAACAAAAGAGAAUUCUAUUUUGUUCAGUCCAUCCCUUGCCUCUCUAUUCCUGGUUACCCAGUUUAUGCUAUUAUGUCCUCUGCUGAUCUUGAUGAAGUUAACCUAUCCUCCUGCCGUAGGAUGUACAAUCUCACACUUCCGUAUAGUAUAUCUGAUCUGAAUGGCAAAUUCUCUAUAAAGUGGUCAAAAUCGGUAUGUGGAAACUGUGAAGCACAAGGCAAGAAAUGCAGACUGAAGAGAAACAGCAAGGAACCUGAAACCGAAUGCAUCAAUAAUCCAUCAAAAGGUAGUGCAACAACAAAGUUGGUGGUUGCAGGUGCAGUCACUGGUUUCCUUCUUCUUGUCCUAGCUGUCAGUGUACUCUACUAUCUGCACUGCUCACGAAAACUAGAAGAAAAGAAUAAAAGAAAGAUUGAAAAAUUUCUGGAAGAUUACAGAGCUCUAAAGCCCUCAAGGUAUUCAUAUGCCGAUAUUAAGAAGAUUACAGAUCAGUUUAAGUACAUACUGGGCCAAGGAGGUUAUGGAACUGUGUACAAAGGGAAACUUUCUAAUGAAGUACUUGUUGCGGUGAAGAUCCUUAACAAUUUCAGGGGAAAUGGGGAAGAGUUCAUUAAUGAGAUGGCAACAAUGGGUAGAAUCCACCAUGUUAAUGUGGUUCGCUUGGUCGGCUUUUGUGCUGAUGGAAUGAGACGAGCUCUCAUCUUUGAGUUCUUACCAAAUGAUUCUCUUAACAAGUUCAUAUUUUCAGCUAAACAUUCACUUGUUUGGGAGAAACUUCAAGAUAUUGCUAUAGGCAUAGCCAAAGGAAUGGAGUAUCUUCACCAAGGUUGUGAACAAAGAAUCCUUCAUUUUGACAUCAAACCUCAUAAUAUUUUGCUAGAUCACAACUUUAAUCCAAAGAUUUCUGAUUUUGGUCUAGCCAAAUUAUGUUCCAAGGACCAAAGUGCUGUUUCUAUGACUAUAGCUAGGGGGACUAUGGGCUAUAUUGCUCCUGAAGUGUUAUCCAGGAAUUUUGGGAAUGUGUCCUAUAAGUCAGAUGUUUAUAGUUUUGGGAUGUUGUUGCUUGAAAUGGUUUCGGGGAGGAAAAACAGUGAUGUCACAGCUGAGAACCCUAGCCAAGUAUACUUCCCAGAAUGGAUUUAUAACCAUUUGAAUCAAGGCGAAGAGCUGCACAUCAGAAUUAUGGAAAACAGAGAUGCCACAAUAGCAAAGAAACUAGCAAUUGUGGGACUCUGGUGCAUUCAAUGGUAUCCAGUUGAUCGUCCAUCCAUGAAACUUGUGGUUCAGAUGUUAGAAGGAGAAGACAAUUUAACCAUGCCUCCAAAUCCUUUUGCGUCUACAAGUCCAACAAAUACAAAAACAAGUCAGUCAAGAACACCUCUUCAGAAAGAGCUUGCAGUCAUCUCAGAAUGAGAGUGGAAGUAAAUUUAGCUGGCAAAUUUUAAUACUUGAAUACUUCAUCAAUGUAAAUAUGUAACCUCACUUUGUCAAUGUCACCCCACUCUGUAUUACUACUAGCUGAGCCAUUGUUUGUUCAACAGGGUAGUUUUAAGGGCUCAAUCUCAUUGUAUCUUGAAGACAUGACUCUCACAUCUUUCAUUGAAGAAUUUUAUCAAAUCCUCUUAGCACAA